AUGUUGAGAAGUGCAAUUGGCAGAUUAGCCACUCGUCGUGCUUAUGCUUCGGCACCAAAAUCUAUGGUUAUUGGUUUGAUUCCAGGUGAUGGGAUCGGUAAGGAGGUUAUCCCAGCUGGUAAGCAGGUUUUGGAGAACUUGUCUGGGAAACAUGGCUUGAACUUUGAUUUUAUCGAUUUGCAGGCUGGAUGGGGUACUUUCCAAGAGACUGGUAAGGCUUUGCCAGAGCAGACUGUUCAAGUUUUGAAGAAUCAAUGUCAAGGUGCCCUUUUCGGUGCUGUUCAAUCGCCAACUACCAAAGUUGAAGGUUACUCUUCUCCAAUUGUGGCUUUGAGAAAAGAGCUAGGCCUCUAUGCCAAUGUUCGUCCUGUUAAAUCCGUUGAAGGUACUAAGGACAGACCUGUGGAUAUGGUUAUUGUCAGAGAGAACACUGAGGAUUUGUACAUCAAGUUGGAAAAGACUUAUGUGGACAAAGCUACAGGAACAAGAGUUGCCGAAGCUACCAAGAGAAUUUCGGAGGUGGCCACUAGAAGAAUCGCUACCAUUGCUUUGGACAUCGCCUUACAGAGAUUGAAAACUAACGGUCAUGCUACUUUGACUGUGACUCACAAGUCUAAUGUCUUGUCUCAAAGUGAUGGUCUGUUCAGAGAGAUCUGUAAGGACGUUUACGAGAGUAACAAGGACAAAUACGGUCAAGUGGCUUACAACGAACAAAUUGUUGACUCUAUGGUUUACAGAAUGUUCAGAGAACCAGAGUGCUUUGACGUCGUUGUGGCACCAAACUUGUAUGGUGACAUUCUUUCAGAUGGUGCAGCUGCACUUGUUGGAUCCCUGGGUGUGGUUCCAAGUGCCAACGUCGGUCCAGAGAUUGUCAUCGGUGAGCCUUGUCACGGUUCUGCUCCAGACAUUGCCGGUAAAGGUAUUUCCAACCCAAUUGCUACCAUCAGAUCCACUGGUCUUAUGUUAGAAUUCCUUGGUCACAACAAGCCAGCUCAGGACAUCUACAGAGCAGUUGACGCAAAUUUGAGAGAAGACAAGGUUAAGACUCCCGACUUGGGCGGUAACUCUACUACUCAGCAAGUCGUCGAAGACAUUUUGUCGAAGUUGUAA